GAUCGCGGUGCCUACUGUACCGUGGAGAAGCCAGUGGGAACCCUAUACUGCAGAGCUCUCGUCCCGGCCCGGCCCGGCCCGGCCCCACGCUAUGGAGUUCCUUUGGGCCCCUCUCUUGGGGCUGUGCUGCAGUCUGGCCGCUGCUGACCGUCACAUCGUCUUCUGGAACAGUUCAAAUCCCAAGUUCCGGGAGGAGGACUACACUGUACAUGUGCGGCUGAACGACUACCUGGACAUCAUCUGCCCACAUUACGAGGACGACUCCGUGGCAGAUGCCGCCAUGGAGCGGUAUACGUUGUACAUGGUGGAGCAUGAGGAGUAUGUGGCAUGCCAACCCCAGUCCAAGGACCAGGUCCGUUGGAAGUGCAACCAGCCCAGUGCCAAGCAUGGCCCAGAGAAGCUGUCGGAGAAAUUCCAGCGCUUCACACCUUUCACCUUGGGCAAGGAGUUCAAGGAAGGACAUAGCUACUACUACAUCUCCAAACCUAUCUACCAUCAAGAAAACCAGUGCUUGAAGUUGAAGGUGACUGUCAAUGGCAAAAUCACUCACAGUCCUCAGGCCCACGCCAAUUCACAGGAGAAGAGGCUUCCAGCAGAUGACCCCGAGGUUCGGGUCCUGCACAGCGUGGGAGACAGCGCUGCCCCUCGCCUCUUCCCGCUGGUCUGGGCUGUGCUGCUCCUGGCUCUGCUGCUACUGCAGACCCAGUGAAGGUGUGUGCUUCACCGGGCUCAAGGAUUGCGACUGGGCUGAGGGGCGGGGACAAGCACCCCGAAGCUCCAGCCCCGGGAACCACUCCCACCCCAUGCACAAGCUGCCACCCUGAAGCCUCAGAAGGUUCAGUAUUAAGGGUUU